AUGGCUGCCUUUGAAGCUACAUGUUCUCCAACAGCAACGGACUCGAUACACAACGCAUACAUGGCUUCGCUCGUGCCUCCCUCGAAUGACCGGUUCCAAGAAAUUGCGCAGAUACAGUCAGCCAAGGAAAAGGAAAGUCGCAAGAAUAUCAAGGAGCAAAAGACGUUUCCGACAGGACCGAUGGACGAGAACAGCCAGGAUGCAGCAGCCAGGAUGAUUCAAAAAACGUUCCGAGGCUACCGUGCACGCAGAGAAAUGGACGGUUACAGCAUCAAUCCCGGUGCGCGUUGGGUCGCCGCCGUCCGCGACGCUCAGUUUCGUGAAACACACCGUCCACGACCACGUCCGCUCUCACCAACCGCAUCUGUCACUGGAGCAAUGCGACCUCCAUCGGCCGGCGCUCGACAGAAUUGGAAAAAGGCCGCUACGGUGGCCUUUCGAGCCGGUCGUGACGCUUCGGACAGCGAAUCAGACUGGGAUUCGGAAAGCACGGAUGCGACCAGUGUCGAAGACAAGGCUGCCAAAAGACAAAAGCGCCACGCUGAAAAUGCGAAGCGCCGGGCGGAAGCGCGCACCAUGGGACUGCAGUAUUUCUUGGAAAUGAUUGAUGUGAAGCACCGCUACGGAGCCAAUUUGCUUGUAUACCACGAGGAGUGGAAACGGUCCGACGCUCAGGAAAAUUUCCUCUUCUGGCUCGACGAUGGAGCUGGUCGCGAUAUUGAGCUCGAUGCCUGCCCCCGCGAGCAGCUAGAGCGAGAACGGGUACGAUAUUUGUCGCGAGAGGAGAGACAGUACUAUCUGGUCAAGGUCGAUAAAGAUGGAAGGCUAUGUUGGGCCAAGAACGGUGCUAUGAUCGACACAACGGAGCAAUUCAAGGACAGCAUCCAUGGCAUUGUCCCAGUUGACGACACUACACCCGCAUUUAAGCCGGCUGCCAAUCCCUUGGCAGACAACUCAGAUUCGGAUUCGGAUUCUUCCUGCGAGUCCAGACGCGAGGCUGAUCGUGCCACCAAAUACGCAACCCCAGAGUUUGACAAUGCCUUGGGCGUCAAAAAGAUUCACCACCUGUCGACGGCGACCAUCAUCAACAAGCUGCUGCGCAAAUCUGUCCGCAAGAAUUGCUGGAUAUUUGUCGCCGACACUAACUUUCGACUCUACGUCGGCCUCAAAGACUCUGGUGCCUUUCAGCAUUCAUCCUUUCUGCAGGGCAGCCGCAUUUCCGCCGCUGGGCUCGUCAAGAUCAAGAAUGGGCGCCUGCAGUCACUGUCGCCUCUGAGCGGACACUAUCGGCCACCGUCCUCGAACUUUCGGUCAUUUUUGAAAAGUUUAAAGGCGGAGGGUGUCGAUACAGGCCACUUGACGAUUUCCAAGUCGUAUGCCGUUCUCGUUGGGUUGGAAACGUACAUCAAGACGACGAAGAAGAGCAAGAAAUUUGUGGACGGACUAAUGCGAAAGAAGGGAGAGACGAAGGGUACUGGGGCGGCGCAAGAAGCCAUGCGGAAGCUUAGCAUCAAGGCAGGGGAGUAA